AUGAAUCGACUCUUCCUCCGGGACGAUGACAACGACGGCGGAAAGGAGCUUCUCAAUCUGCUCCAAGACCCGUUCCAUGGACAGCUCGCGGCCGCCUCGUUGUACUCGGCGUUGGCCAUCUCGCUAGGCGUCACCACCUUCAUCACGAUCUGCUUCUCCUUCCUCCGCCCCUACAACCAAGCCAUCUACGCGCCCAAACUCAAGCAUGCAGACGAGAAGCAUGCGCCGCCGCCCAUCGGCAAGAUGCCCUGGGCCUGGGUCACGCCCGUGAUCAAGACCGACGAGGCCACCAUCGCCCAGCAGAUCGGCAUGGACGCCACCAUCUUCCUCCGCUUCGUCCGCAUGCUGCGCAACAUUUUUCUCAUCCUCGUCGUCCUCGGCAUCGGCAUCCUCGUCCCCGUCUAUUCCAAAUUCUCCCAGAAGGAAGUGGGCGGGGUCGCAACCGAGUGGUACGUCCAGAUCACCCCUCGCGACGUAAAAGAAGAGCCCCAGUGGGCCCAGGUCGUCUUCGCCUACCUCAGCAACUUCGUCGUCGUGGGCUUCCUGUGGUGGAACUACCGAAAGGUCCUGCAGCUCCGGAGGAUGUACUUUGACAGCGACGAGUACCAGAAUAGCCUGCAUGCUCGCACCCUCAUGCUGUUUGAUCUCCCGAAGCAGGGCCGGUCCGACGAAGGCAUCGCGAGAAUCAUCGACGAGGUCGUGCCGGACUCGUCCUUUGCCCGCACCGUCGUUGCGCGAAACGUCAAGGACCUCCCCGAACUCAUCCACCAGCACAGCCGCGCCGUCCGCAAGCUCGAGGAGAUUCUGGCCAAGUACCUCAAGAACCCCGACCAGCUCCCGGAGCGUCCCCUCUGCAAGCCGGCCAAGAAGGAUCGCGCGUUCGACACGUACGCGAGGGGCCAGAAAAUCGACGCCAUCGACUACUACACCAAGCGCAUCCGCGAUCUCGAGGUCGAGAUCAAGGAGGUCCGCGCCGGCGUCGACAAGCGCGGCACCAUGCCCUACGGCUUCGCGAGCUACACCGACAUCGUCGAGGCCCACAACAUCGCCUUCGCCUGCCGCAAGAAGAAGCUCCACGGGGCCACGGUCCAGCUGGCGCCGCGCCCCAACGACAUCAUCUGGCGCAACAUGCCGCUCUCGCGCGCCUCCCGCAGCCGCCGGCGGUGGAUCAACAGCCUCUGGGUCGCCCUCCUGACCCUCCUCUGGGUCGCGCCCAAUGCCAUGAUCGCCAUCUUCCUCGUCAACCUGACCAACCUCGGCAAGGUCUGGCCCGCCUUCAACCGGUCGCUGAAGGAGAGCCCGACGCUCUGGGGCAUCGUCCAAGGUAUCGCCUCGCCCGCCUUGAUGUCGCUCGUCUAUCUCGUCCUCCCCAUCAUCUUCCGCCGCCUCUCCAUCAAGGCCGGCGACCAGACCAAGACGGGGCGCGAGCAUCACGUCAUCGCCCGCAUGUUCGGCUUCUUCAUCUUCAACAACCUCAUCGUCUUCUCCUUCUUCAGCACCGUCUGGACCUUCAUCGCCGGCGUCGUCAAGGAGACGAACGAGACCAAGGACGCCUGGAAGGCCAUCGUCAACGGCAACAUCGCCGACGCCGUCUUCCAGGCCUUCUGCAACAACAGCCCCUUCUGGGUGACGUACCUGCUGCAGCGCCAGCUCGGCGCCGCCGUCGACCUCGCCCAGCUCUGGCCCGUCAUCUACGCCUUCUUCCUCAAGAAGUUUUCGAGCCCUACUCCGAGGGAGCUCAUCGAGCUGUCGGCGCCGGAGCCCUUCGACUACGCGAGCUACUACAACUACUUCCUCUUCUAUACCACCGUCACCUUCUGCUUCAUGGGUAUCCAGCCCCUCACGCUCGUCGCGACGGCCAUGUACUUCUGCAUCGACUCCUACCUCAAGAAGUACCUCAUCAUGUACCGUUUCGUCACCAAGACCGAGUCCGGCGGCGUCUUCUGGCGCAUCUUGUUCAACCGCCUCAUCUUCGGCACCAUUCUCGGCAACCUCGUCGUCCUGCUCACCUGCUGGGCCCGCGGCAGCGGCCGGCUGCACUUCUACUGCGUCUGUCCGCUACCCGUCAUCCUUAUCGUCUUCAAGAUCUACUGCCGGAGCGUCUUCGACGACAAGAUCCAGUACUACAGCACCCGCCGCGUCGGCCGCAAUGCCGACCAGGGCCUGCCGCAAAAGGAGAACCGGCGGCGCAGCGAGAAGCUGGCGAGCCGAUUCGGCCACCCUGCGCUGUACAAGCCGCUCAUCACGCCCAUGGUGCACUCCAAGGCCCAGAACCUGCUGCCGUCCAUCUAUCACGGCCGGCUGACGGACGGCCGCGAGGUGAAUGCGAGCGACCUCAUGAGCGUCAGCGGCUACUCGGACAUGUACGCCCUCGACGCCAUGCAGGGUGGGAAGCCGGGCAAGAGCGCCGGCAACAACGUUCCCGGCUUCGAGUACGUCUCGGAGGCGCACAUGGACUUUGAGUUCUACAAGAACAGGGCCGAGUUCACCGACCAGCACGGCGGGGGCGAGAUGUACGGCCGGGGAAGCGACAUCACGCGGUCCGGCACGCCCGCCUCCUUCGACGACUACUCGGACCGCUCCCUCUCGAGACCACUGUCGCAGGGAUCGACGAGCACGGCCUACUUCGCCGGCGCCGGGCCGGCGCGGCGCGUCAUGCCCAACAAGCCGAGCAUGUCCAGCAUGUCCAACGUGACCAACAUGUCCGACAUGACCGACGUGCCGAUCAUGCCCGCGCUGCCCGGCGCGGCCGAGACGGGCUACCACGGCCCGCGCGAACGCAGCCCCAUGUACGCGCAGGACAACGGCAGCUCCUCGGCGCUCAUGCGCAACCCGGCGGGCAUGAGCAUGGUGCCGCUGAACCCACCGGCGAGCAUGACGCCGCCGCCGAGCUACCAGCGCGACAUCGCGACCGACCGCGGCCGGAUGGCCUCCCGGCAGCAUGCGCACCCGGCCUCCAUCAGCCCGGGACCGUCCGUCGGCGCCCUCGGCGGCGGCCCUCAGGGCUACAGCGGCUUAGCCCAGGCCGAGGACCUGGACCAGCACGGCCACAACCACAACCAAGGCACCGCCGAUCCGGCGCAGUACAACUACUACAGGGGGGACAGGGGUGGCAAGGGCAAGGGCAGGGCCACGGUCACGGGUGGCAAGGGCAAGGUCAGGACCAAGGUCAAGGGUGGCAAGGGCAAGGUCAGGGCCACAGUCAGGGCCAGGGCCAAGGGUGGCAAGGCCAUGGUCAAGCAUGAAAGCGCCGAUUCCAUGGCAAAUCAUCUCGCUGGCCUGUGA